UGUCGAUCAUCCAAAUCAUCCCGAUCGCAAGCCAUCCCAGCCACCGAAUAAACAGCGCACCAUCCAAGCGUUCCGCCCCAUCAUCUCAUCUUUUCAUUCAUUUCAUUCUAUUCUCACUUCUUAUCUUCUAGCAUUUCUCUACGGAGUGCAGUAACACAAGUUAUCAUUAAAUUUUCAUCGUCCAUGUCUAUACCACUCACCCCUCAAUGAACCACCACCUCCGCACUCUACAACCACCACAACAAACACCACGAACCCUCCCCGCCUCCACCGCCACCUCACCACCAUGACCCCAAUCCCCAUCCCGCUCUCAACACGAAUACGCAACAACAUCAACCACCUCCUCCAACCUCCUCCUCACCACCAGCCCCUUCCUCCCACCGACAACAAACCCACCCACCUCACCAAACGCACCAUCUUCAUCCCAGCAACCUACAACUCAAACGGCCUCUCCCCCGGCGCCGUAGCGGGGGUAAUAAUCGGCAGCGUCCUGGGCUUCAUCUUCCUCCUGUACCUGAUCUUCCUUGCUCUCGGCGCCGGGCGCAGAUUCUCCAGCGAACCUAGCACCAGCGAAGCCGGCACGGCAACGAUGUCUGAGAUCGUCGUUGAGGAGGAAGAGGAGCAUCCGCGACGAUCGUCGCGACGGAGACGACAUGAGGUGGUCGAGGAGGUGAUUGAGAGUGGAGGGAGUAGACGGGAUCGGAGGUCGAGACGCGGUGGGGGUGGAGGUGGAAGGGGGGAGCGGAUUGUGGUGGAGGAGUCGGUGACGUCGCCGGAUCGGUCGGAUGUGGUGGAGGUGUUGGAGGAGCAUUCGAGUGUGGAGGGGCCGGAGAGAAGGAGGAGAAGUCGACCGGGGCAUUAUCGGGCCGUGGAUCCGUUGGCGUAUGGGGGGGUUACGGAGGAUGAGAGUUUGGCGUCGUGAUUCGGGGGAAGGGGGGGGGUUUUUUGGGUUGAGGAGGUGGAAUGAGUGAUUGAGUGAUUGGUGAUUGGUAUUGUUGGUUGGUUUGAUUGGUUUGAUGAUUUGAUACCCUGCUGUCUGUUUCUAUGAUUAGGAUGAUAAUGAGGAUGAUGAUAAUGAUACUGCGCUUUAAUUUGCGGAUCACAGAUACUCCGUACAAGGUUCCGAUAUAAUACUAGAGACGAUAAUGUUAAUCAAUAGCCUGGCAAUGAUUGGAUUAGAACGAAAGUAC